GACGCUGGAGGAGUGAAGGGGGAGAAAGAGAGACAGAGAGAGGAAGAAGGUGAGAGAGACUCCAGGCCCAAAUAAAGCCAUGGGGGCCGGGGCUGGGCUGGGCCCCCCUUUGCUAUAAAUACGCUGGCCGCCUGGAGGUUCGGGUUUGGUGGUUGGGGCUUGGGACCGGCGACCACCACUGCUGCUGCAGCCUUCCUCAAGAGAGCCUCCUCUGUACUCUCAUCAUCCUCAUCAACCUCUUCCUGGUCAUCAGUGUUCCGGGCAGACAAGAUGCCUCGCGUGGACUCAGACCUCAAGCUGGACUUCAAGGAUGUGCUCUUCAGACCCAAGAGGAGCAGUUUGAAGAGUCGCUCAGAGGUGGACCUUCAGAGGACCUUCACAUUCCGCAACUCCAAACAGACCUACACUGGCAUCCCCAUUAUCGCUGCCAACAUGGACACCACAGGGACGUUUGAGAUGGCGCAGGUCCUCAGCAAACACACCCUCUUCACAGCCAUCCAUAAACACUACUCUGUAGAGGACUGGAAAAACUUUGCUGCUAAUCAUCCUGAAUGCUUAGAGCAUGUAGCCGCCAGCUCAGGCAGUGGCACCGCAGAUCUGGAGAAGCUGUGUGCCAUCUUGGAAGCCGUCCCCGCCCUCAAGUACAUCUGUCUGGACGUGGCCAACGGCUACUCUGAGUACUUUGUGGAGUUUGUCAAGACGGUCAGAGAAAAGUUUCCCAAGCACACCAUCAUGGCUGGUAACGUGGUAACAGGGGAGAUGGUGGAGGAGCUCAUCCUCUCCGGUGCUGACAUCAUCAAAGUGGGCAUUGGACCAGGGUCUGUGUGCACGACAAGGAUCAAGACAGGAGUGGGCUACCCACAGCUCAGUGCUGUAAUAGAGUGUGCAGACUCAGCUCAUGGACUCAAAGGACACAUUAUCUCUGAUGGUGGCUGCAGUUGCCCAGGAGAUGUAGCUAAGGCCUUUGGUGCAGGGGCUGACUUUGUAAUGAUGGGAGGAAUGCUUGCAGGCCACGACCAGUGCACUGGAGAGGUCAUCGAGAAGAACGGCAAGAAAUAUAAACUCUUCUACGGCAUGAGCUCCGACACCGCCAUGAAAAAAUAUGUGGGUGGAGUUGCCGAGUACAGGGCGUCUGAGGGGAGGACGGUGGAGGUUCCCUAUCGAGGAGAUGUUGAGAACACCAUCCGCGACGUGCUGGGGGGCCUCCGCUCCACCUGCACCUACGUGGGUGCCGCCAAGCUCAAAGAGCUGAGCAGGAGAACCACCUUCAUUCGUGUCACACAACAGUCCAGCCAAAUGUUCACUUCGUAGGGUGUAAACCAAAAAUGCACACUCAAACACUCACACAGACACCUCGACAUCAUCACCCAACCUGUUUCUCUCAGGAUAUGUGCUGUCAGAAAGCUGUUAGUUUCCUGCAGGUUGCGAUUAAAAUUAAUUCAAAGGUUGACUUGACACAUUCUCCCAGAAGAAUCACAGCCUCUAAUCAACCGAACCCUACGGCGAGUGGGUUUACAUGCUUAUAUACUGUGUAAUAUUCUUUUGAAUUUACCAGAUUUAAUUUUUUGGAAAUGGAAAUGUCAUGUUCCAGAUACAGGAGCUUGGACAAAUUUUUCUCAGUUUGGGAAUAAGAGAAUAAGACUUUUAAGGCAUGUGCACUUCAGAUCUAAUCUUCCAAAAUACUCUUUUAACUUGUGUAUAUGAAGUGGCAUCGCAUGUAGAUACACUCAGCAGGAGGAGGUUGAUACUCGUGCUCGGAUCAUUGGGGGAAACUAUUCUGCUCGACUGUGUGUUGGAAUGAACGUGCAAAUCAAUAUGCAAGAUCCAGAGACGCCAACCUUUAACUGUCACUGGAGAAAUCAUGUUGCAAUAAACUGCAUGCAGAAGCCUCUGCUAACUUCCUCAGUGGUGUUGAUCAUUCUGUGAAUUUGAAUUAUACUCCUGACGGCAACAUUAUAGUGUAUCUCUCCAUAGUGUCUGUGUGCAUGUAUAUUUCCCUGUAUGUCAAGAAGACUGAGCCAGCUGAACACGAUGACCUCUGGAUUUAUGUAUCCCAAACAUUUCACAGACCUGAUUUACCCUGCUGUGCAUGUAACAGUCGCAUUUAAGUCACUGAUUUCACUGUGCCUGACAUUUUAAGUCAAGGGCAUCUUGUGGUUUCUACUGCAUUAAAGCUCUUGUACUUUAAGCAAAGAACUUCAGGGAAAAGUCAUGUAAAGAGACAAUAAAACACUACUGAAUUGAAAUCCUAAAAUACUGGAAAAGCAGCACUUACACAGUUCCACUGCGAGUGCAAACAAGACAGUAACUGGUGGAAAUAAACUAAAAUGAUCAGAGAA